AUGGAGAAAGCGAUCGGGGCCCUCAAGUCCAGAGGCGUCCAGGUACUCAAGCCCGGGAGCAUAGGGACGGACCAGGAAGAGUAUGAGCGCUGUGUUGCAACUCCAAACCUCCUCUACCGCUUCUCAAGACCCGACUGCGUGGUUCUGCCCAAGGAUGCGUCUCAGGUCCAGGCCAUCAUCCAAGAGGCAAAAUCAAAGCGACUGAAAGUGACCAUCAAGUGUGGUGGCCAUUCCUAUGCGGGCCACUCCACCGCCUUCCAGGGCGUCUCGCUCGACCUCAGGAGGAUGAAAAAUGUCAAGCUCGACUUAACAGAGAUGACGGUCACGAUGGAGUCCGGCUGCCAAUGGGGCGACGUGUACAAGACGCUGAUUGAUAACCGGCGCCGCGCGAACGGCUUGAUCAUCCUCGGCGGAAGAUGCCCUCCUGUUGGCGUGAGUGGUUUCAUCUUGGGCGGUGGUCUGAGCCCGUUUACGAGAAGCUUCGGAAUGGGCAGUGACACCCUAAUGGAGGCAACGGUUGUCACUGCAGACGGCGAGCAGGUCACCGUCACGGAAAAGCAUGCUCGGACCUCCAAGGAAGGGAUGCUCUUCUGGGCCCUCUCUGGAGCGGGCGGAGGCAAUUUUGGCGUUCUGGUGAGCAUGAAGCUGAAGGUCCAGCGGUUGCGAAACAGAGAUGGGACUGUGGUAGCGGGCAGAUAUCAAUGGUUCCCCGACUCUGAGGCCAUGGAAACGUUCCUCGCCACGAUGAACAGCUUCUACACAGCCGACUGGCCCAAGCAGAUGACCAUUGAUAGCACCUGGCUCUGUGACCUCCGGCAGAACACGGGCGAUGGAGUACGGUUCACCAUCUACUUCGAUGGCAAUAAGCAGGCAUUUGACAAUCUUAUCGACAAACACGUCAAGCAGCCCGAUCUGGCGAGGCAGCUCAAAAGACGUUCUCUACCAGAAGACUCUACGCGUUUCUUGCACGAAACACUCGUGGCACAGUGGUCCGAGGAAACUGAGAGAUCCUUCCCGACCAACCGGACCUACACCAUUUAUAGCUCGUUUGUUUUCACCAACGACAGGAGCACGAUUGAGAAGCUUACGACGAUCAUCAAGAAACAGAUGGAAACUUUCCGGCGCCUCUACUCCGGAGAGAAGGUUGAGUUCCUGUGGGAGGACAAAUGGAUGGAGAGGGACAUGAGAGGGUUCUUGGGAAAGGUCAAGAAGGAACUGCGGCCUUAUUCUCUGAACAACUCGGCCGCAUUCAUCAAUUUCCCCGACGGGAUACUCGCGAAAAAGGGAUACGAGAGGGCCUAUUUCGGGGAUAAUCGGCAAGAGCUGCGACGCGUCAAGGAUAUCUGGGACAAGGAUAACUUCUUCGACUGGGACCAAGGCAUUCAGCUGCCGCAGGGUGCGGUGGAGGACCCCGACGGCAAUGUGGACAUGGAGGACGAUGAAAAGUUUACGGACUCGAUUGCAAGAGAGCAGUGGAAAGUUUUCGAGAGCAAGGAUAUUGAGGCAGACCUUGAUUACCUGACCAAAUCGGGCUUCUGA